UCACGCACCACUCACUUUUCUUGCUUAUCCCUUCAUGCCCACCAUUCAUCCCGUGCACCUCUCUCCCCCUGGCCUACCUUCAAUCAAUAGCUUGCCGGCGAUGGAAGAUGUGUGUGGCGAGCUGGCGGUCCGGGGCUGCACACAUGAAGCCACGGAGGUGCGGGAGCACGACUCUCGGCGAGCGCAGAGGCGCGGCGCCAAAGCUACAUCGACAACUUGGUGUUUCCACUUUGCAACCUGAUACGACGACGGCGGGGUGGUUUGCUGCAACCAGCGGCCCCUACUACUACGACCGACGAGGUGGUCUGUGCCGUGAAGAUGGACGACGGCUGCGGCGAUUUUCGUGCUGGAACCCAUGACAGCCUCUGCUACAACCGGCCAGCCAUUUUGCUGGAACCAGCAUCGCCGGCGACGCAAACCAGAUGUGGAUGGUUGUCGGAAGUACUGCAAUCAUGGCACCACGCACCGGAACCAGGGGUUAGAGCUGCAAUCGCAAUGAGCAGAAGAUCAAGCCCCCAUCGCAUCCGUAUUUCAAUCCUCGACAGCCGCGCGGCGAGAGGCUGCGGGGCACGCGACGGUGCUGUAACCGACGACGGGAGCUAGGCGUGCUGGUGUGAGAUGGGUGGAGGUGAGUGGGAGAGAAAGAGGAGCGCCAUGCGUUGACCAAGCGGUGUGGAGGGAGAGGAAGGAGAUGGAUCUAGGCUGCAUCGAACGGUUCCACAAAGAGCAAUCAGAUGGCUGGGGGCGACCGGCCGAAAGGUUGGGCCGGUGCGCCGGCGCCUAGCGCUGCCCCUUCACGAGAGGAAGAGUUGCCAUCCCAUCAACGUGGGAUUAUUUUUGGAAUCAGGGAACAAUGCCGUGUGGGCCUUCCCUGCGCCCCGCGGCAAAUUUGACAAUUUUGACCUCAGGACGAAAUCAAUUCACAGAAUGAAUUGCCCGUGAAACUAUUUCACUCCCCUGACCACCCAGCAGUGCAGCGCCUACGAGGUAGGCGCCACACAUGUAAUGUGCAGCGCCUAGCCCUUAGGCGCUGCACUGUGACUUAGAUGCCAGCCGCCCGCUCCCCCUCCCCCCCCCCCCACCCAUUCGUUCCAGGAGGAGUUACAGAACAGGUGCGCCAGCGGCUUCCUCCUCUCCCCCUCUCAAUCCCCUCUCCCAAAUCAUUCAGAUCCGACGAUUUGGUCCGUGCAUUUCUUCACCAAUCCAUCCUAGAAGGAUGUUUGGCUUCUCGAUGAUCAUGGGGACAAACAACACCGGUCGUACGCUAUGUCGGUGGAGCAGCGGGAGCUUGCACCUCUGAAGCUUCGGUCUCACGGGGUCACCCUUGGAUGGAUGCGCUAUGAUGAGUGGUACACACCGUAUGUAAGGGAGGCAGGACUUCUCCCUUUCAUUCAGUUGGUCCGCCGGUCGACGCCACCCAACAAUGCUGCAGCACUCACCGCGCUUAUUGAUCAUUGGAGGCCGGAGACACACACUUUUCAUCUUUGGACCGGGGAGAUGACCGUGACGCUCCAGGAUAUUGCUAUGAUCACCGGUUUUCUUAUCGAUGGGAAUCCUUUAUGUAUGAACACCGAUUCUGAUGGGUGGCGCGCACAGAUGCAUGCCCUUAUAGGUAUGGUUCCUCCGGAGCCUCGGGAACCAGAAGCAGAAGACAAGAAGAAGGAAAGAGUCGCAGUCGGCGCUACUUUCACGUGGAUAUCAUCGAACUUCAGUACUUGCCCUGAGGAUGCUAAUGAGGACAUGGUGAAGACAUAUGCUCGUGUCUACAUGUGGUACGUGAUAUCCAGGAUUAUGUUUGCUGAUGGCAUAGGCAAGAAUGCUCCAUGGAUGUGGCUGAAGGCGUUGACCGUCUUCGAUAGCAAAUGGAGUUGGGGUUCGGCGACACUGGCUUACUUGUAUCGACAGUUGGACGAAGCCUGUUGUAGGCACACUGGAGGUAUUGGUGGUUGUCUGCUCGCACUUUCCAUAUGGAGCUGGGAGCGUUUGCCGGUUGGACGACCGAAGACCGUGAAGUACGAGGAUUGGGACGACAAAGACGACCCACUAUGGCUCCCCAAGUGGGAUGUGUUAAAUGAGACGACGGAUGAUCCCUCGGUCAUGUACAAGUUGUACAAGAGCGAGCUGGACGCGAUCACGUCUGAGCAGGUGGAAUGGGAGCCGUAUGAAAAAGGAGAGAGUUUUGGUAACUCUAUGGAGUUCAGGCUGAAUCCGAUGUGCACUAGGGAUAGGGAUCUCUGGCAUAUGCGGUGCCCACUGAUAUGCAACUGGGCGGUUGAGCUUCACCUGCCACAUCGGGUGUUCCGCCAGUUUGGUUUGUUCCAGCCACACCCGCCGGAAUGGGAGGACACGGACAAGUUGCUACACGCGUUGGAUAGGAAAAAGCAGCGGAAGAUCAAGGAUUGGGCCAACCAUCACAGGAAGUAUGUCGUGCAGUUCGCUCUUAGUGUGGAGCAAGCAAGGGCUGGAAAACGAGCCCAGCUUUGUGAGCACUGCCCGAUCGCGUUCAACAACUAUCUCACAUGGUUUUUUGCAAGUGGGGGCGCCACACUGUACAGUGCAGCGCCUAGCCGCUAGGCGUUGCACGGUACAGUGUGGCGCCCAAAGGCUAGGCGCUGUAUAAACACUUAGCGAAUUUUUUAGCCCAAACUGGAGGCCUACCUUA